GGUCCCCGGCCCCCUCCCCGAGCACCGCUGGGACCGGUGCGGGCCCCCCCCGCCUCAUCCCCGAGCACCCCUGCGGCCGGUGCGAGCACCCCGAGCGCUCCCGGCGCAUCCCGGGCUCGCCCCGAGCAUCUCUCGCCUCCCUCCCGAGCAUCCCCCGGCUCUCCCCGGGCAUUCCCCGGCUCAUCCCGAGCAUCCCCGGCUCGUCCCCGCCCGCCCCCCCCGCUCCGGCCGCGUCUCCAGGGAAGAUGCUCAACGUUAUGGAUUUCUCCUGCCCGGACCCGCUUUACUCCAAGUACGAGGAGAGCUGCGAGAUGAAAACGGGAGACCUGCAGGGCUUGGGGCAGCCCGAGCAGCAACUUCUGGCAGAGGCCGAUUUCCUUGGAGGUGAGCUGCUGGGCGCCCCCGGCAGCGGCGGGGCCGUGGAUUUCUCCCUGCUGGGCAGCCAGCCCUCCCCUUCGCUCAGCUACACCGGCAGCUUCUUCAUCAAGGCGGUACCGGAGCACCCGCAGGACCAGGAGUCCCUCUUCAACCUGAUGUCGGGCAUCCUGGGCAUCUCGCCGUUCGCCUCCGCCGAGGGCCACCAGAGGCACCUGGACGCUCUUUACCCGUGCCCCGAGGUGGCCCAGGGCCAGCUGGAGCUGUACCCGCCGUGCCAGCCCGAGCUGAGCGGCUCCAGCCCGGCCCCGUUCCCCGAGGGCUACGGCGCCUUCUCCGCGGCCGAGGGCGCUCAGCCCCUGCAGGCGCAGCCCGGCAGCUCCCAGUGCUUCUUCCAGCCCAAGCUCCCGGACAGCAAGCAGGACAUCAAGCUGUCCUCCGCCUCGCCGCCCCUGGACAAGUUCAAAGCCUCCUGCGCGCAGUGGGAGCCCCUCUCCCAGCAGCACCAGGCCUACUUGCCCGCUGGCUUCCACUCGCCCGAAGGCUUCGAGAGCGGCCCGGGGCUGUUCCAGCCGCUGGGCUCCAAGCUGGAGAGCGUCCUGCCGGUCAGCUGCCAGCCGGAGCUCGGCAGCCUGCCAGAGGAGCCCGCCUGCUUCGGAACCCAGCUGGGCUUCGGCUGCGAGCCCGAAAACUUCCCGGCCCGCGGGGACUUCGGGGACGCCAAGAUCCACAGCAUCCCCGCCCCGAUAAUGCCGGACUUUGACGCCUCCCUGGCCCAGCCCGAGGUGCUGCCGGGCCUGCUGGGCUCUGCCGAGCUCCUCCACCCCCACCCCUCUCCUUCUGUUGCCCCCACGGACUUUCUGGGCCACCCCCCGUCCCUGCUGCCCGCCGCCCCGGCCGCGCUGGCCGAGCCCAAGAAGAAGACGCGGCGGAGCAAAUGCUCCUCCAAGUGCUUCUGCCCCAAGCCCCACGAGAAGGCGUUCGCCUGCCCGGUGGAGAACUGCGUCCGCAGCUUCGCCCGCUCCGACGAGCUCAACCGGCACCUGCGCAUCCACACGGGCCACAAACCCUUCCAGUGCCGCAUCUGCCUGCGCAACUUCAGCCGCAGCGACCACCUCACCACGCACAUCCGCACCCACACGGGCGAGAAGCCCUUCUCCUGCGACACCUGCGGCCGCCGCUUCGCCCGCAGCGACGAGAAGAAGCGGCACAGCAAGGUGCACCUCAAGCAGAAGGCGCGCAGCGAGGAGAAGCUCAAGGGCCUGGGCUUCUUCUCGGUGGGGCUCUCCUUCGGGACGCUCUGAGCGCGGCCGGCCCCUCGCCGAGGCGCCCCCAGGCUCUCGGGGCAGAGCCGGGCUGGGAAUUCCCUGCUGAGGAGAGCAGGAGGCGGCGGAGGAGCA